GUCCUAACUCCAUUUCCAAUUUUAGCCGUGCAGCGUCUCAUGAUGAGAGCGGCCAUCUCAGUGGCGGUGCUGCUCCUCUGCGCCGCCGCCGCCGCCCACCGUGCCUCCGCCUUCGUUGACGGAUUAGUGCCGAACGGCGACUUCGAGCUCGGGCCAAAGGCCUCGGACAUGAGAGGCACGGUGGUGCUCGGCCGCUACGCCGUCCCGAAGUGGGAGAUCUCGGGGUUCGUGGAGUACAUAAAGUCUGGCCAGAAGCAAGGGGACAUGCUCCUGGUAGUGCCCGAGGGUGCGUUCGCGGUCCGGCUCGGGAACGAGGCCUCGAUCAAGCAGGGGAUGAGGGUGGCGAGGGGGAUGUACUACUCCAUCACGUUCAGCGCGGCGCGGACGUGCGCUCAGGAGGAGAAGCUCAACAUAUCCGUGGCCCCAGACUGGGGCGUCCUGCCGAUGCAGACGCUGUACAGCAGCAGCGGCUGGGACUCGUACGCCUGGGCGUUUCAGGCCGAGCGCGACGUCGCCGAGAUCGUGAUCCACAAUCCGGGGGUCGAGGAGGACCCGGCUUGCGGGCCGCUGAUCGACUCGGUCGCAAUCAGGGCUCUCUAUCCUCCGAGAGCAAGCAGUAGGAACCUGUUGAAGAAUGGGAAUUUCGAGGAAGGUCCCUACGUUUUCCGGAACGCGUCGUGGGGCGUCCUGAUCCCUCCGAACAUCGAGGACGACCACUCCCCCUUGCCGGGUUGGAUGGUCGAGUCGCUGAAGGCGGUCAAGUACAUCGACUCGGACCAUUUCUCGGUCCCCGAAGGCAAGAGAGCCGUGGAGCUCGUGGCCGGGAAAGAGAGCGCCAUCGCCCAGGUGGCCCGGACCAUCCCCGGGAAGACAUACGUCCUCUCGUUCGCCGUCGGAGACGCGAGCAAUUCCUGCGAGGGGUCCAUGAUCGUCGAGGCGUUCGCGGGCAAGGACACCAUCAAAGUCCCGUACGAAUCGAAGGGCAAGGGAGGGUUCAAGCGCGCCGUCCUCCGGUUCAAGGCCGUGUCCGUUAGGACUCGGAUCAUGUUCUACAGCACGUUCUACACCAUGAGGAGCGACGACUUCUCUUCCCUCUGCGGUCCCGUUCUGGAUGACGUGAAGCUGUUGUGCGUCCGGAACCCGUGAUCCGACUAGGUCGGCUCAAAAAUAUCCUUAGGAGCUCAGCCAGUUCCGUCGCAUACGACGAGAUGAAAUAUAUGGGUUUGUCCCAGCCGGAAGAGGAUCAUUGAUUCAUACGGUUGUUACUUGUUAUAGAGUGAAGAGCAGAGAGGUUUAAUUCCUUGUAUUGUGGCUUUCUUUUGAGCAAAUCAUCCAAGAAAUAAGAGCUGCACAAGAUAAGCUAUGUUAGAAACCUA